AUUACUGGUCUAGGUAAUGCCCGGAACAUUUUGACAUUUUGGUUCUUCAUGGCGAAAAGUUUUGAAAACUUUCUCCAUCAUGCCUUUCACACCUGAUCGGGAAAAUAUUGGCUCUACACUCCAUCCGUCACGUGCAGUUUUCAAAUAGAAAUAGCACUUUGAGGACAAAUACUUCUCUUAAGUAACUUACGUUUGUUGACAAAAAUGCCAAUGAAAACAAUCUUCUUCCGCAAGCCAAAUCUCAGCUCACAACAAAUAUUCUUGCUCGUGAUUGCUAUCGUCCUUUUUGUCGGAUAUACGCUACUUGAAAGGAAGAGCUUGAGUGCUGAUUCUCUGGUUCACGCUGAACAUCACCAAGUUUUGACCAAUGUCAGAGUUAUUAGCGAAACUAAAUCUCAACUUUCAGGACCAAGCUUAACUUACGAAAAGAAGGAGUUUUUUCUUCGAGGAAAACCGCUUCGAAUUAUGAGUGGAGCAAUUCAUUACUUUAGAGUAGUUCCAGAGUAUUGGAAGGAUAGACUGGUGAAACUUAAGGCCAUGGGGCUGAAUACGGUAGAAACGUAUGUUCCAUGGAAUGUGCAUGAAGAAGUGAAGGGUCAGUUAAAGUUUGAUGGUAACUUGGACAUCAGGGCCUUUAUCAAGCUAGCAAAAGAGUUGGGUUUGUAUGUUAUCUUGAGGCCAGGACCGUACAUUUGUUCUGAGUGGGACUUUGGAGGAUUACCAAGCUGGCUGUUAAGUGAUCCUCACAUGGAACCCAGAUCAAUGUACCCUCCAUUCAUUGAAGCUGUUGAUCAGUUUUACAAAAGAUUUCUACCAAUUUUGGUUCCUCUUCAGUUUUCUAAGGGUGGUCCUAUCGUAGCUUUCCAAUUAGAGAAUGAAUAUGGCAGCUAUGCUUCUGCUGAUGUGGAAUACAUGCAACACCUUAAAAUGAUUAUGGUAAAUGGAGGAAUAACAGAGUUACUUUUUACAUCUGAUAACAAUUCUGGACUGAAAAAGGAGUUCCUUACUUUACCAAAUGUUCUGAAAACAAUCAAUGUAGAUGUCCAGUUUAAUUUGAGACAAGAGCUGUCUUAUUUACAAGAAAUACAGCCAGACAAACCUGUUUUGAUAAUGGAAUACUGGGUAGGCUGGUUUGAUCUGUGGGGUGACAGCAAACACCACAAUGGCAAGAGUGCUUGGAGUGUCGCAAAAGUCCUGGGGGAAAUUUUGGAGUUUGGAGCCUCCUUUAACCUCUACAUGUUUCAUGGAGGGACAAAUUUUGGCUUCAUGAAUGGUGCAAAUGGCCUUAGACCAACCACAACUUCUUAUGAUUAUGAUGCACCUUUAUCAGAAGCUGGAGAUGUAACAUCAAAAUACCGCUCUAUUAAAGAUGCCAUAAAACAGCAUGCACCAGAACACUCCAUUCCUAAGAAUCUUCCUGAAGUUCCAGAGAACUCUUCAAGAAAGGAUUACGGUAAAGUCUCCAUGCAGCAGGGUAUGUCCCUAACCCAGCUCCUUUCAUAUCAGACCCCCAUAGAAAGUGGUCAUGUGAUGCCGAUGGAACAACUGCCAAUUAAUAACAAUGGAGGACAAGGAUAUGGUUUUAUACUGUACCAGACAGAGUUACCUCACUACCCAAAGGAGAUUGUAAUGGAGCAAAUUUUGGACAGAGCUCAGAUCCUUUUAGAUUCUGUACUGAUUCAAACAUAUGACGCAAGUAUGGGAUAUAAAAGUCCUGUGGUGAUUGCAGUGAGUCAGAAUCAUGAACAGUCACUACGCUCAGCCAAGCAAACCAAGCACAACCUGGAGAUCUUGGUAGAAAACAUGGGACGAACAAACUUUGUUUGGGACAUGAACAAGAUGCGAAAAGGUAUUACUGGGAAAGUGACUGUCGAUGGUCUAAGUCCUACUAAAUGGCGAAUUUACCCACUUCAAUUCAAGCCACAAGAUCUAGCAAGCAUCAAAGAGAAAGGAAAAUGGGAUAAAGUACCAGAGAAAGGACCGACUGGUCCAUUUUUAUACAAGGGAACUUUCAAAGUCAGUGAAGGACCUAGAGAUACUUUCUUGAACAUGAAAAAUUGGAACAAAGGAGUGUGUUUCAUUAAUGGACAUAACCUGGGAAGAUAUUGGGAAAGGGGACCUCAGACAACUCUGUAUGUCCCAGCACCAUGGUUACGGACAGGAGACAAUGAACUCAUCAUAUUGGAGCUUCAUGGUUAUAAGAAAGCAGCCGAAGUUUCAUUCACAGGAUUCCCGUUCUACCUAGGAUAAAAAUCUCCUGAGAAAUAAUGCUGGCGCACAAUAUCCGAGCUGCAGUUGAGGACAGUAAGCCAAAUCUCUCAGCUCAGUGAGUUAUCGGCCUCUACAAGACAUUUUAGAUGUUUCAGCGAUUGAAGUCGUUCAGAUUAUCAAGCGGAAUACUUAACCGGGUAAAGAUACUUUGAGAAACUGAUGAAAUAGAGGAUAUUACAUGGCCGCGCGGGGAUACGAAUUUUAUCUUCGAGUGCUGAAAGUAUCUCUCACGAGUGA